AGAUCCCUCUACCUGAGAAGCUGUAAGAUAUUUCGUUUUCGCUAUAGUACUACUCUUUCAUCACGUUUCAAAACAUUCCUCAAAUUGUAAUUGGGUAUCGACAUUGUUGUCUCUGACGUGUGUCUUUUAGUCGCUCUCCAUAUUUUUCAGAUCUGUUAUUUCGUGGUCGUUCUGUAGUGCAUUUGCCUAGCAAACCAAACCCCCAAUAACUACGCUAUGGCCCACCAGUCUGCGCCUGUGAGCACCACCCAGAAGCUUGCCGGCUGGCGGCACCGGCUGGAAUUCUCGAUGAAGGAGGCGAGGAAGCAACGCGGCGGGAAUUUCGUCCAACUUGCGACCGUGGAUCCCGACAUGAAUCCGCGGGUCAGAACGGUCGUGUUCCGCGGCUUCGAGAAGUUACCCGCUGUUAAUCUUCUUUCAGGUGUUGACUCCUCUUCUUCCCACAACAUUUCCUCUAAUUCGGGCCCAAACGUAGAAGAAGCCAUGAAGAUUAUCCUGAGUAAAAACGUACCCACACCAGAGUCAAGAUGGGGAUUUUGCAACACAAACCUGGCAGUUUUGGGAGUCACGCAUGACAAGUUUCAGUCCGUAAGGUAGUGCGAGUUAGCAAGGAAAGCCGCGUCACAAAUCGAUCUGCUGAUCCUGUUUACAGCAUUACAAGUUCCCAAACGCGAUUGAAAAUGCCUGUCAUGGGGUUGCGCAUCACAAAUGUUCCUGUCAUGGCAAAUCUGCAUGACAACUCGUUUCACACAAAAUUUUGUGUGAAACAAUGAAGAAGCUAGGAGUGCCGCAGGACAUUGCUGUUGACGCCACAAUACAGUGGCUCUCCUUUCGGGCUGUCAGGAUCAAGACCGGCUCCCGCCGCUGGUACUUGUCCCCUGGCAUGCCCCAGGGGAGCCCGUACAGUGGGGGUUGCUUCAAUAUCCACAACUGCCCUCUAAUUUUUGAGAUGCAGAUGCGGAAUGGGGAAGGGAUACAGACUCAAUUUAGCGACGACAACAGCCAGUGCGGCAAAGGGGAUCAAGAAGCGGCGAACAAGCUCAAGAAGGACCUGGUAGCAGUGGGACAGAAAAGUUGCAUUUUUUUCGAAGAGUCGAAAUCCGAGGCGGUUUUUUACGAUGUGGGGGUUAGCAAGUGGGUAGAAGUCGCUGAAGCCAGCAGGUCUUUGGGGUUCUUUUAUGAUGGGACGUGGGAUUUUUCUUCCCACUACGAAACAAUGCGAAAAAAAAUGAUCAAAGAAAGUGCCUGCGUUUCCCACUGUGCAAGCUUCGCAUCACCACGAAGUUUGACGUUUUUGUCUCCACGGUCUACAGCGCAAUCCUUUCGAAUUCCAUCCCGUUCUUUCCGUACUUCAAAAAAUGCAACAAAAUCCAAAUCCAAAAAGAUACCGCGAAGUACAUCAAAAGUCUAGCCUGGCUCCCAAAACAGACCCCAAAUACCCUCCUCCACCACUGUGCACGUAUCCCGGACGUGCAUAGUUUAUUUGUUGUCGAAAACAUGCUUUCUCAGCUCUGGGAUAUGUAUAGAGUGUGCGAGAAAAUGCUUUGAAGGCCACCCUUCCUAAAGAGCGCGAAAGCAUUGAGGAAAGAUAGAAACUAAGUCAGGAUACUAAAAACAAAGCUUUUGGGUGCCACUUGUCAAGCAGCACGCACACCGAGACAGCGACAAGGAGAUGGAUCACGACUAGCCAUUUUGAUGCCAAUGAGCAUCCGGCAGGAAAAUCCAGAUCCUUGCAAGGCCGGGCGACGUGGUAAGGCAGACGGGAACGCCCAAUAUACCUGCACUAGACGCAACGCAAAAUGGCCGCUGCGCCUGCUUGUGUUGUCUUCGACGUGCCCACCGCUGCGCCAUUAAGGUCAAAAAUAGGAAUGAGAAUCAUCUGAGUUUUUAUCUUUUGCGCAGCCAUAUAAAAAAAAAAAUCUGCAUGACAACUCUGGUGUGGGUACGUUUUUACUCAGGAUAAAGAUCGUGACGGACCGACGUUCGGAGAAGGUGGGGCACCUGCUGCAAAAUCCGAAAGCGGAGCUGCUGUGGUGGUUUCCGUCGACCAACGAGCAGUACCGGAUUUUUGGCGAGUGCAAGCUGGCGGACGCAAACGAUGCGGUGUACGGGAAAUUUGUCGCGGACAACUGGAAGAACCUGUCGGACGCCACGCGCGAGCAGUUCUUCUGGGCCGAGCCCGGAAAGGAUUUUGCCGGCGCGCCCUACAGUAAAGCGAGGAAGUACGACUUUCUGAAAGACCGGGAUCUGCAGCAUCAGCAGACAAGUGCACCACCUGGGGGUGGUUUAGAAGCAGGAGAGCUGGUGCACCGAGUAGAGGAGCAACCACCAGUCGGGGCCAAAAUGAAUAUACCUGUCUACUCUAGUACUCCAGCGCCGCGGCCCGAAGAUGAGCAAUUGCCGCCACCUAGUCCUAGCGUAGUAGUUCCGAAAGGCGGGCGCGACGCGGAGACGGGAAAGGUCCUGCCGCCGCCCGACGCGUUUAUGCUGUUGUGUUUGUUUCCGAAAGAGGUGAAAUAUUUGCGGCUUGGGGACAACUUCGCGACGAUGGAAAGGUUUGAAGCAGCGCAGGACUCCUGGUCGUUGAAACGGGUGAAUCCGUAA